GCGCGCGCGGCUGCGCUCGCUCCUCGACGCGAUGGACCUCGUUGGCCUCGUCGAGCGGUUUGACGAGACCCUCCUCCUCCUCGCCGACCUCACGGGGCUGCAGCAGCUGCUCUACUCGCCGGCCGUGCCGGCGAGCACCGCCGGCACCCGCCUCCCGCCCGGCGUCGCGGCGCCUCCCGCCGCCGACAUCUGCCCGGACCGCGAGGCUUGCCGCGCGCGCAUCGGCGCCGUCGCGCCGGUCGACGCCAGCGUGUAUGACGACGCGCGGCGCGAGUUCAGCGCGCGAGUCGCCGCGUACGGGCCCUCGUUUGCGGAGCGGCUCGCGCAGCUGCGGGCGGCGCGCCAGGCCUUUGGCGCGCGCGAGCGGGCGCGCCGCCAGCGCCGCCCGCUCGCCCGCUCGCCCUACCACCGCUGGACGGGCGCCAGGAUGCUGCGCUCGGCGCGGCUUGUCAACCUCUCGCGCCUCCGGUGCCAGUUUGGCCGCACGCGGCCGGCGAGGCGGCUCUGCCGGCAGGUGUACGCCGACAUGGCCUUUGUCCACAACUGGCACCUGACGCGCGACGAGUGCUGCGACACUCUCCGAGCGUGCGCCGGCGCGGCCGCGGCUGCGAUGCCGCCGGGCUGCGCGAGCUGGCAGCUGCAACGAGGAGGCGGCGGAGGCGGAGGCGGCGGCGGAGGCGGAGGAGGCGCGCGGCAGGUCAGCGACGCCGACUGCGAGCGGUUGUGCCGCCCGCCGGUGGAUCGUGACCGUCGCCUCAUCGAGCGAGCGACCGGCCGCCUCUUUGCGGCCCCGCUGGCCGGCUGGGCGCCGCCGGUGCCGGUGCGUUCCGUCAGCAGCCGGCAGGGGCUGCGGGACACGCCAGCGGCGCCGGCCGACGGCGCGUGGUGCAACGACACGUCGGACUUCUCCAUGACGCCAGUGCGGCCGUGGGGCGAUUUUGUGUCGUGCGCCGCCGAGGCGCGCGACGGUGGCUGCCUGCCGGAGAGGGCGAGGAUGGACCACGCCUACGUGCGCCUCCACUGCCAGCGCACGUGCCACCUCUGCUCGCUGGGGACCGAGCUGCUCAUCGCACCGGCAGUGUUGCCACCGAGCAGAGUGGUGGCGGCCGGCGGAAGCGGAGCGGCGGAGCCACACUGAACUAUGUGAAAAGACAGUGAAGGCGUGUGCGGCGCCGUUAGCCUCAUCGUGUAACCUAAACCAAAACCGUGUGCGCGUCGCGCCGCGACGGAUGUGGCGCUUGUGGGAUGAGCAUCAUAACCAUCAUAACCG